UGAAACUAUUUCGCAUCAAAAAUUAUUUCAGUUUCCGGUGGUGCUGAUUACAGCUUGGUUCAUUCCUGAUGGACAGUUUUAAGCUUUCGGCUGUCCAGAAUCUCAGAAAAAUCAAGUGUUUCAGCCAAGAGCAGCUGGUUACAGAAAUGAACGACAAUGAUGAAGAAGAUGACGAUUUUGACGAAGAGGAAGAUGAUGAGGAUCUUGAAGACGGCGAGGAUAUCGACCUGAGAGAACAUGCGUACGACUUUGUUCAAGUCGCUGCGUCUCCCAAGCAUAUUCACUUCGUUACCGACGCCUCUCUCAGCUCGUGGAGUGAUCCAGAGGCGGCAUUGGAAACGAGCACUCGUUUAGGGAAAUUCCGAGGGUCCCUUAGAAGAAUUGUGGAGCAUUUUUCUGUUAGAGUAUUCAGUCUCCUUUUGGUAUUAGCAGAUAUUAUUAUUGUCAUAGUUGACUUGGCCACUGCAGGAAAAGAUGAAAGGACUCUGGAAAUAUUAUCCAUUUUAAUAGUCACCUACUUUUUAAUAGAGGUCCUUCUAAGGAUUUUUGCUUUAGGGAGAGCCUUCUUCCACAGAUGGCUAGAAAUCAUAGAUCUGAUAGUAGUUGUAGUUUCAUUCAUCCUCACCCUAACCUUUUCUCUCCUGACACUAGAGGAACAUGGCUAUGCAAAACUCAUCAUUACUGCUCGUCUUGUGCGAAUAUUGCUGUUUAUUAGAAUUGUCACAGGAAAAGACCAACUUGAAAGAGCUACAAGAAGAAUGAUAUCACAGAACAAAAGGAGAUAUCAAAAGGAUGGUUUUGAUUUAGACUUGACAUAUGUAACAGAGAGAGUUAUAGCCAUGUCAUUCCCUUCGUCUGGAAAACACAAGUUAUACCGUAAUCCAGUGUCAGAAGUUGUGCGAUUCUUGGAUACAAAACAUCCUGACCACUACAAAGUCUACAAUUUAUGUAGUGAGAGAAGCUAUGAUCCAUCUGUGUUCCAUAACAGAGUGGAGCGAGUUCUCAUUGAUGAUCACAAUGUACCUAGGCUUAGUCAGUUGUUAUAUUUUACGCACAAUGUGAGAGAAUGGCUUGACAGAGAUCCUAAAAAUGUUAUUGCUGUUCAUUGUAAAGGAGGAAAAGGUAGAACAGGGACUGCAAUAUGUGCUUGGCUUAUUGCCAGUGGUCAGUUUGAGCAGGCUAAGCAUAGCCUGGAAUAUUUUGGGCACAGGAGAACUGAUUAUUCAGUUGGAAAUCAAUUUCAAGGAGUGCAGACACCCAGUCAGAGUCGUUUUGUAGGUUACCUGGAAAAAGUGUUUACCAAGUUAAAUGGUCGACUUCCUGCCUCUGUGUCAUAUCGUAUUAAAAACAUCAAGAUUGAUGCAAUAUCUGGUAUUGGAGAUGGAAAUGGAAAAGAUCUUUCAUUUGAGAUAAUUAUCAAUGGUAGCACUGUUACGACACUACAUCUAUCAAAUUCACGUCAAGGACAGAUACAGCACCUCAGAGAUCUUGACAAAUUAGUUAUUAUUCUCUAUGAGGCAGAAUCCCCUACUCUUACAGGAGACAUCAAAAUAAAGUUUUACUCAUCUAAUUCAAAUGUUCCAAGAGGGUAUGACCAGUGUGCUUUCUUCUUUUGGUUUCACACAAGUUUUAUAGAGAACUCCAGACUGUUUCUACGUCGUGGAGAGUUGGAUAAUCCCCACAAACCCAAAACUUGGAAAACAUACAAAGAGAAUUUUGCUGUGGAUAUUACAUUUACAAAACUUUGAUAACAACAAACCAAGACAACUUGAGUGGGUCAACAAUUUGCCUCAAGGGGAAGGAAAUAUUGUCAAUUAUUGGAAGGAAAUGGAUCAGUUGAUUUAUAUAUAGCAAGAUUUUCUAAACAUAAGAUAAAUCGUGAUGUCAGAAAAUUUUCUGCAUUUUUUUCUGUUGUGUCACAUCCUUUUUUUUUGGGAACAUCACCAUGUCAGGUCCAUAGCUGCAAUUUUUUUUUUCGUUUGUUGGUGGAUUACUUGAUUAAUCCAAGCAAUAUUAUACUCAAAGUAAGAUAAAGUUACUGCAUGACCUUGACUUUAUUCAGCCCACAUCAGGCUCUCUGCCAUGGAGCAAACAGUUGGAGUGUGGAAAACAGCAGGGGUCAGGCAAAAGAGAAAAAAAAAUGGGGAAGGUAAAAGUAGAAUGUGUAAAAACUUGAAAUUAACCACUCAAAGAGUAUCCCAGGAGAUUUUCAACUAGAAUGAGGUUUAUUUUCACUUGCCCUUUCACUAACUCUUUUCACUGACUGAGGACUUGGAACCUUCUGUUACACUGAAGAACCAACAUCUCAAAAGCCUAUCCUGGUGGGAAAUUUUUAUAUGACAAAAUCACUCUUGCAAUGGGUGUAAUUAACUUCUAUUUUUAUAUAUAGAGUGAAAACAAUUAAAAAGGAUUUAUGAGCAGAUAAUGUGAAAGUUUAGAUGCAUUGUGAAUUAAUCACUUAUUUAAAUUAUAUAUUGUCAUAAUAUCUAUAAAUUUUAGUGAAUAAUAAGGGUCAAUCUAAUUUUUAUAAAGGGUAAUUAUUUUUUCCAUACUAAAGUUCUUUUUUCUACUAUUUCCAGGGGGAGUGCAGUUUUGUUUUAAGUUUAAAUUUGAAAUUAGAUUUUGUUCUGUGGUAAUUUGUAGCUCUUUAAAUAAAAAAUGUUCUUUAUUAAGAAAUAAUUGGUCCCCAUUGUUGCCAAAAAUUUCAAGUGUUGAUAUAUGUGAUUGGAGUGUUUCUUUUAUUGCUAUUUUAAAACAGAAUUUGGUUGCAUUUACCCUGUGGUCUCAUAACACAUUUUCUCAACACAUGAACUAAUAAGGAUAAACAAGUAUACUUGUUUAGGUUCUGUUAGUUCAAUAAAAUAUUUAGGCCCUGUCAUUGGUAUGCAAAUUUUCCUUACCAUUUGCUUUACAUUUUGUAUGGUACUGACAAGGAGAAUUUGUUUAACAAUCAAGAGCUUCUUUUGUUGGCAACAUUUCCUUCACUCUCAUGAUCUUCAUGUUUGAUUCAAUUUAAGAGAAAUUAGGUGCUAGUCACUCCUAGAGGUUUAAAGCAGCUGUGGUUAAUAUUGUUAUUUAAAUAGAGAAGACUUGUUUAAUUUACAGUGAGGCAGCUUUUGUGCUCAGUAGUAUUUUGUUCACACAUUAACAAUUAGCUUCUAUGUCUUCUUUCUCCUUGUAACAAUCAGAUAUGAUUCCUGUAUCAUUUCCUGGGCAGAACUUUUUACUAUUAUUGGCUAAGGAAUGAAAGAAGAUUUACUUGUACAACUUGCAUUAUGCCCAAUACCAAGUCGACUCUUUUUCUUUCAAAUAUAUUGUAGAUGAAAUAUUCUCAAUUACCAUAUUUUUUUAAGGUCUUAAAUGUAGUUAUGGAUAGGAGUACUCAGUGGCAUCUCUGAUAUAGUUGUUAGGCUGAGUAUUAAUUUUCUAGCAAUAAUUCUUUUAAAUCAAUACUUUGAAACAAUAAAGAUGAUCAUUUCAUCAAA